AUCUUUGCCUCUUUGGUGGCCAAGCAAAUAAGAUAAGGAUUCACAAAACCGCUCUGUUUUUCCUGCUGUCAUAUUGGCUGUAUAUACGCAGAGUCAUAUAAAAAUGUGAACUUUUGGUCAAUUUCCGUGAAAUCUCAUAACUUUCUCCCUCCGUCUUCUACGUUCCAAUAUCCAAACCUCCAAAGUCAAUACGUCUCACCGGCUAGUGAGGCAGGCGGCCCCCGACGAUCCAGCUCCACGCUUCCGCUGCAGACUCCGCCAUGGAAGAGAGCUUGCUGUUACCGAAAUACGGAGAAGAAAGAAGUAACACUAGUAUUCUGACGUGGAGUUCUUUCUUCGAAGAAGUGAAGAGGUUGGGAUGCAUAGCGGGUCCCAUGGUUGCCGUGGUUUUAUCUCAGUACUUGUUGCAGGUCAUUUCGAUGAUGAUGGUCGGCCACCUGGGCGAGCUCGCUCUCUCCAGCACCGCUAUCGCCAUCUCCCUCUCCGGGGUCACCGGCUUCAGUCUUUUCUUGGGAAUGGCUAGUGCGUUGGAGACUCUGUGUGGUCAGGCAUAUGGAGCAGAACAAUAUCAGAAACUUGGACUCCAAACUUACACUGCUAUAUUUUCUCUCAACUUGGUCUGCCUUCCUUUAUCUUUGAUAUGGAUUUAUAUGGAGAAGUUACUGAUUUUCAUGGGUCAAGACCCUGUAAUUUCUCGUGAAGCCGGCAAGUUCACAAUCUGGCUUCUUCCCGCACUUUUCGCUUAUGCCACUCUUCAGCCACUCAUUAGAUACUUUCAGACACAAAGUUUAGUAACUCCUAUGCUCAUAAGCUCGUGUGCGACCCUUCUGUUCCAUAUUCCUCUGUGUUGGCUUCUAGUAUUCAAGUCUGGAAUGAACAACCUUGGAGGAGCAUUAGCAAUCAGUAUUUCAUAUUGGGUGAAUGUGAUUCUACUUGCAUUGUACAUGAAGUUUUCUGAUGCUUGUUCCAAAACCCGAGUUCCAAUUUCUGUGGAGAUCUUCCAUGGAAUUGGAGAGUUCUUCCGCUUUGCCAUCCCUUCUGCAAUAAUGAUAUGCCUUGAGUGGUGGUCAUUUGAGCUGCUUAUUUUGCUGUCUGGACUUUUACCAAAUCCGGCUCUUGAAACUUCAGUUCUGUCUGUAUGUCUGCAGACGAUUUCUACACUCUAUGCAAUACCAUAUGGGUUUGGUGCUGCAGCAAGUACUAGAGUUUCAAAUGAACUAGGAGCUGGUAACCCACAAGGUGCUCGAAUAGCUACUUUUGCUGCAAUGUUUCUUGCAGUCGCAGAGACAAGUAUAAUCACCACGACCCUCUUUGCCUGCCGCAAUGUAUUUGGUUACACUUUUAGCAAUGAGAAAGAAGUCAUCGAUUACGUCAAAAUCAUGGCUCCUCUAGUUUGCCUGUCUGUUACCCUAGACAGUUUUCAAGGGGUCCUUUCGGGUAUUGCUAGAGGAACUGGGUGGCAGCAUAUAGGGGCUUACAUAAACCUCGGAGCGUUUUAUCUUUGUGGGAUUCCAGUUGCAGCCACAUUGGCUUUCUGGGUACAACUGAGAGGAAGGGGCCUUUGGAUUGGAAUACAAGUCGGUGCUUUUGUGCAAACCAUGAUGCUCUCUUUAGUAACAAGUUGUACAAAUUGGGAAAAGCAGGCAAGUAAGGCAAGGGAGAGGAUAUUUGAGGGAAGGCCCCAACAAGUCAAUGGCUUGUGUGACAAGGCAGAGAGUAAUGAGUUUUGACGAGCACAAUUCUCUCUAUCGCGGGAUUAAGGAAGAAGUAUUAGCUUGAUCCAUACUUUUGUCAACAAUAGUUGCUAGACAUUAUUGGUAUAGACAAUAAACUUGUAAUUAUUCCUGUAGUUAGCCCUCAUUACUUUACUUUAUAGCUAGCCAUCAUUACUUUACUUUAUAGCUAGCCAUCAUUACUUUGCUUUGCUUUCAUUUUCUCCUUAUUUUCCUCUUCGGUGUUUUCCUCAUGUAAUCAUCAUUUGGCUUGUCCACUUGUUAGGACUAGUUUUUGGCCCUGUAUAAGAGAGGACUUCCCUAUUGUAAACAAAGAAUAAUGAACUAUAUUUCAAUUUCUGAGAUGGUAUCAGACCAGUCGAUCAUGACUGACUCUUGAACCUCAAAAACAGAAAAAAGCUUCCGCCA